GAGAACGCGACGCCAUUGAGUUCAUUGUCUGGCCGGAAGAAUUGAAAGAGGGGUUGGUGUUGUUACCGGUGUUCUGCUGCUGAGGGGCGCGGCUCGGACCGAACAAGCGAGGAAAGAUUCUAGGGUGCCCAGCCGCCACCAUGGCAUGGUAGGGGCGGCAGUGCAAGCGGCGGCAUCGGCCAUUGCAGAGGCGCAGCACCAGCGGCCGCGGCCUCGGCACCUCCAGGCAUCUACAACCAUGGCGUUUUCCAAGGCAUUGCACAGCAGCUUUGCUGUAGUUGACAAAGACACCAUUUACUUGUCUCUGCUUUUUGACGACAAAGUACUAAAACUUGGUCAAAAUGAGCUUCUCAAACACAGAGAUGUUGUUGGGGGAUAUUCACUCCCCCUUCAACCAGCUGUCUUUGGUGGCUGAAGAAGGUCUAGGACUCUUGGAUGACUACCUGGAGGUGGCCAAGAACCUCGUUUCGCAUGGGUUCUCCAGCGAGAAGGCUAAAGUGGGCUCCUCUGAUUGUCUGGCUGUGGAUAGUUUGAACGAUGCCACAGACAACAGCCAGGAGGAUGCCUUCUCUGGCAUGGAUUGGAUGGUGGAGAAGAUGGAUCUGAAGGAGUUUGAUUUUGAUGCGCUAUUAGGUAUUGAUGAUCUGGAAGCCACCGUCUUCCCAGAUGAGCUUAUGGCCACGUUGGAAAACACGUCUGAUCUGUUUGACUCAUCCAUUGAAGAAAUUCCACCCAUUCAAGAAAUUCCCAAUAAAGAAACAUUGCUGAUUCCAGAACCAGUUAAUUAUUCCCAAGAGUCUCUCCUUGGGGCAGACCAGGUGGCCUCACUUACUUCAUUAUUAUCGUUUCCCAUCUCUUCAGAGUCAGUGACUUCCACUGCAGACCAUUCUUUCAGCUUAGAACUAGGCAGUGAAGUUGAUGUUCUUGAAGUAGACGGGAAAACCGAAGCCCAAAUCUUACUGGUGGUGAUUCCCAAGUGUGAGAAGGAUGCAGAAGCACAUUCUGAUAAUGAUAGUGGAAUAUGCAUGAGUCCAGAAUCUUACCUAGGGUCACCCCAGCAAAGUCCUACUACUUCUGUUAGUUCCCUCAGUGAUGGCCAGUCAGUUACGGUUCCGCAUGGUGGUUCUGUGCGGCCCAAGCCUUAUGAUUCUCCUGCAGAGAAGAAAAUACCAUCUAAGAUAAAGGGAGAAAAAAGAAUAGAUAAGAAACUGAAGAAGAUGGAACAAAAUAAGACGGCAGCUACAAGGUAUCGGCAGAAGAAAAGGGCAGAGCAAGAGGCCUUAUCAGGAGAGUGUAGAGAACUGGAACAGAAGAACGAGACCCUGAGGGAGAAGGCAGAUUCCCUGAGCAAAGAAAUUCAGUAUUUGAAAGAUCUGAUAGAAGAGGUCCGAAAAGCGAAGAGUAAAAAGGUUAAAGUCCCGGAAUAGGGUAGUCCAAGACUAGAUGUUACAUGCAUGUAUAUAGAGGCUUGGUGCAAAUAGAUGUGUAUUUUUUGUUAAUAAAUUAUUUUCUAGUA